AUGGCUUCGCAUAAGGUACCAAACGCUAUAAUCGACCUACCCGGCAAAAAUUCAGAAAAAGUCGAAAAUUCAAAACCGGCUGCGAUGGUGGCCGCCUACCUAGUAAAGGUCUCAAAAGUCGAAAAUUCAAAGUCAAAGACAAAGGCAAAGACAAAGGCAAAGGCAAAGGCAAAGGCAAAGGCAAAGGCAAAGGCAAAGGCAAAGGCAAAGGCAAAGGCAAAGGCAAAGGCAAAGGCAAAGGCAAAGGCAAAGGCAAAGGCAAAGGCAAAGGCAAAGGCAAAGGCAAAGGCAAAGGCAAAGGCAAAGGCAAAGGCAAAGGCAAAGGCAAAGGCAGCGAGUAUAUCUUUAAAUGAUACUGCAAAAACCUUAGCUCCUUUCUGCUUCCGAAGCAUAUUGAAUGGUGCAGCUCCAAUCAUUGUAACAGUGCAUGUGUUCUUGUUCUUAUAA